UCCUUUUGGUGAUAAAUUCUUUCCAUUAAAGGGUGAUGGACCAGUAAAAGUUACUGGAAGAAUCUGUGGCUUGGCUGAUGGAGAUCAUGGCUUCCAUGUCCAUGAAUUUGGUGACAAUACAAAUGGGUGUACCAGUGCAGGUUCUCACUUCAAUCCUGAAGGCAAGCAGCAUGGUGGACCAAGUGAUGCAGAAAGGCACGUGGGAGACCUUGGAAAUGUGACUGCUAAAGGCGGAGUGGCAGAAGUGCAAAUAGAAGAUCACAUCAUUUCUCUUAGCGGACCACAUAGCAUCAUCGGACGUACCAUGGUGGUCCACGAAAAACGCGAUGACCUGGGUAGAGGGGGAGAUAAUGAGAGCAAAUUAACUGGAAAUGCUGGCCCUCGCUUAGCUUGUGGUGUAAUUGGAAUAGCGAAGAGCUAAGUAUUGUAUCCAAAAUGCUUAAGAUGAGUGAUGAAUAGGCUGUAUUUCAUUGCAAAUAUUGUACUUGCCCUUCCUUGUGCAAGCAAAAGAUUUAUCACUUAAUCUCAUUACUACUCUGCAUUCUGAGAAUCACUUAAACUGGUGAAGACUGACUUAAUUUUGUAUGAUGUACAUUGCAAUUGCAUUGACCAUGAUGGAAUGUCUCUGUAGCCUUCUGCUAAAGCAUCUGCUGUAACCAUUAAGCAUAACCUCACUAACUGGAACGCCUGUUCUGUGUCAUGGAAGAUG